UCAUUCGAGAAAAAGUCACAAUAAACAUGCGUUCUCUUUUGUUUUCUUGAAAUUCAAUAACGAUAUGUAAAUGAACAGUGUGUGAAAGAGAGUGCAUAUGCACAAAACCAUUUUUUUUCGAACAAGAGUUAUAAUUUCGGAUUUACAUUUCGUUAAGGAUGUUCAAAAGAAGUAUUCAUGAAAUGGUUGUGACAGCGAUUUGUGCGACGUUAUUGGGGCUAAUCAUUGACGUACAGCUAAACAGUUGGAUGGUAAAGGGCCAAGAUCCAGCAGAACCUUGCGACCUGAUGCCAUCCAGCGAUAAAGGUCCGGCUUACUAUCGUCGACUUACACCUUGGGGUAAAUGGUUAGAAAUGCCCUGUCCUCCCAAGACGGUGUUUGUUGCCAAAUGGUGCAGAUGUGAUUACCCAGAGAUGGAAGACAUCUUAACGGAAGCUCAUAAGGAGUCAAAAACUACUACGUUAGAACCAACAACUAAAAGGCCAACAACUCUACCAACAACCGCACCUAAAACAACCGUGCCAAAAACAACAACACCGACUUCAGUUAAACGGACAUCGACUGUACCAACAACACCGACACGAACAACAACUGUAAAACCAACAACUGCAAAAACAACAACAACUGUAAAAACAACAACUGAAAAAACAACAACAAAAACUCCACAAACGACAACAUCAGCGAUAACUAAGAAGACCACAACAACUGUACCGACGACGAAAUUGUCAACAACUGCAGCAUCAACAAGCAAGACAACAGCUUUACCAUCAACAACUACACCAAAAACCACAACCAUAACAACAGUUGCGCCAACAGUAACGAAACAGACAACAAUUGAGCCAACAAAACCCGCAUCUACAAAUCUACCAUUAACGUCAUCAGCCAAAGAACCAUCGGAUGCUAACCAUCACUACUCCACGGUGAAGCCCGUGAUACAAGACUCAACAACACUCUCAGAAGUUCUCUACCCGAUAUCCACUCCGGUGUCUCCGUCUACAGCGGGAUCUAAUGGUCCGGCUGUAAGUGAUCAUGGACAUGAUCAUGGUGGUCAUAGUUUGGAACUAAGUACUAAACAAACAACCGCAGAACUAUCACCGUCUCCUACGAAAGGCGUUGCUGCGGUCAAUACAACACUAGCUCCCAACACGAUGACUGAUUCAAUUAUUGUUACUACCCACGGGGCAAAUUCUGGCAACCAUCCCCAUAAUGAGCCAACAAUGCAUAACCACACGGAGACAAUGACCUCAACAACGAUGACGCCAUCAACGAAGAAUCCAACUAGUGAGACAACAAGAACACAUUCUACAACGGAAUCAAGCUCAACAGCAACCGCAUGUGAAUUUCAAGAAAUAGCAGACGACAAAAUUUCGUACAUGGGAUUCAUCAACGCGGAUAUCGGAUGGAUUCGGUUCCAGUGCCCUCAUCACCAGGAAUUCAGUUUGGCGCGCUGCGGCUGCUUCAAUCCACAAGAGGAGACAACACCAUAUGCAUCAACGAUUUCAAGAACAACAGUUGGGAUUCCGCAAGGGUGCCCGUAUGUGAAAGAGGGAAGGAAGGCCUUUCGGGAGUUUAUUGACGUAUUAAAAACAUGGGUAUUUUCCGAAUGUGGAGAGAAUUACGAGUUUAGUCAGCUGAAAUGUGGGUGUGUUCUAGAAGGAACAUCGCCAGAUGGAGACGCCUUCGAUCUUGUGAAAACUACAGUAUCUCCCAUCGUAACCUCACCUGCGCUGACUUCCACAGAAGAAGUACCACCUGGUUGCCCAUACAUUGCCGUAAGUAGAUCCUCGUUCCGCGAGUUCGUGCCGGAUAUUCAGUCCUGGGUGUAUUCGGAUUGUUCUCCUGAUCACGUGUUCAAACAAGGCGCAUGUCGCUGUGAACCGGAAACUAUAGCGAUAAACGGAUGUCCAUUCAUAGCAGUAGACAAGUCGUCUUUCAAAGAAUAUAUCGAUGUGCUGGGAGAAUGGGUCACUUCAGACUGUCCAAAUAGCUACAUGUAUAGUGCUAAACAGUGCAAGUGUAUUCUACAAGAUUGUAAGCACGAGGCGUUUGGUUUAGCAUCGUUCAGAACUUACAUAGAAGAAAUAAAAGACUGGGUUAUAUCAGACUGUCCAAAGAAUCACAUUUUCAUGCCCUCCUUGUGCAAAUGCGUCAGUGAAGCGGGUGGUCAGACUGCAGUACAGAUCACUGAUCACGUGGUUGGUCCGGUAGUGACCAGUACAUCGUACCCAGUAUCCACAGAAUCCUUGUCCCUGGUCACAACUGCAAACUGCAAGGCUGUGGCCACCAUUGGGGGAUACAAGCGCUUCAUCCAGGAGGUGGGCGGCUGGGUGACUUACGACUGUCCAAUACAUACGGAAUUUAACGUCCAAAUCUGCUCUUGUCAACGAGCCGGUUGUAAGUAUGUACCCGACCAGACCGGAUACAAGGAGUUCGUGGACCUGCUGGGGACCUGGAUCUUCUACGAUUGUCCCAUAGGAACCUCCUUCCAGACCAGUAGUUGUAAAUGUGACAAAGAAAGCGCCAAGCCACCAUCUACAACCCCAGGACCAACGCAGCCUGAUCACCAUGAUGGUGGGCAUCCUGGAGAUUCGGACAAGAUUUCAACCGGCUGUCUAAAAGUCCAGAAAAACAAUGGCUACAUGGAAUUUCUCGCUACUCUGGGUGACUGGGUUUACUACGACUGUCCUGUCCAUCAUGCCUUCAGUGAAGAUGACUGCACAUGCGUAUUGACUGGAACACAGACCGGACAAGAUGGAAAAACAACCGGCUGCGCAUUCUCCUCCACGGGGGACGGAACAUACCGACAGUUUGUGGACGAGGUCAGUCAGUGGGUCUCCUACGACUGCCCCGCCGGUCAGGUGUUCGACAACGGACUCUGUAAAUGCAGGGGGAAAGAUUAUCAUCCAUCACAUGACGAUCAAGUGACAACGGUAGCACCCCAACAGUCUACAGCCGCGCCGUCCUGCUCCAUGAAGACGUCAGACAUGGGUCAGGACUACUUCCUGAUGUUUGUAGAGGGUCACGGGGAGAUUCUCUAUCAGUGCGAUUUCGGUUUCGUUUUUAACCAAACACAGUGUGGUUGUGUGAAAGAAGCUCCGAAACCUACGACACCCAAAACUACUUAUAUUACCCCAGGAUGCCCGCUUAUGCCUUCACCACUUGGUGAACAAUAUUUUAGGAUGCAGGUUGGAAUCAUGGGGCUGAUCGACUUUGCUUGUCCCGUUCAACAGAAAUACGUGUAUGAAAAGUGCAUGUGUUCAUACUGAAACGUCCAGAAUUCAGCUUUCGAACUAGAAUUUCAAAGUUAAAGGGAAGGAUUUUGAAGACUACACCAGCGAUAAAGAGAAGCGGAAGAAAACACUAAAAGGAAAUCCAUUUGUUUACACUUGUUGACAAUAAACAAUUAUAUAGGU